CAGCUUCGCUGCUCCGCAGUCACUUGCAACUCCGAGUGCAACCAUGGCAACUUGACCAUAUUUGACGGCCAAAUAGGCGCAAUAUCAUAAUCGCAAUAUCUACACUAACUAUGGCAGACGGCUCACGAAGCCCAGAAGACCAAGGCGCGGCAGCUGCGACCGUCGCGGCAGAAUCGAAAACGGGAAAAAGAGACGCCUUCGCCGAGCUCCUCGCCCCUAAACCUAAGCACGCAAAGUACACAAAAGACAGUCCAAACAAGAGAGCCAUCGGGGGCCCGCGCGACGCUCUAGGCGCUUAUAUCGCAAAGCCGGAAUCUUUCCCUUCCAGUAUCGUUGUGUAUCACAAUGAUGACUUCGUCGCGAUUCACGAUCUUUUCCCAAAGUCAACCCUCCAUCUACUUCUACUUCCGCGGGAUGCUUCUAAAACCCGUCUCCAUCCUUUCGAAGCCUUCGAAGAUCCAGAGUUUCUGAGAAAAGUGAAAGAAGAGACAAAAAAACUUCGAUCUUUAGCCGCGGCUGAGCUCAGGCGGAGAUAUGGGAAAGGCUCCGCUCAGGAUAAAGAGAGGCAAGAGGCGCUUAGUGCAGAUCCUCCUCCGGAUGAGCUGCCAUUGGGACGAGACUGGGAACAAGAGAUCAUGUGCGGGAUCCAUGCGCAUCCAUCUAUGAACCACCUACAUAUUCAUGUUAUCUCGGUGGACAGGUACAGCGACCGACUGAAACAUAAGAAACAUUACAAUAGUUUUUCCACGCCAUUUUUCGUCCCUAUCGAUGAUUUCCCCCUGGCGCAAGACGAUGUCAGGCGACAUCCUACUACAGAGGGCUAUUUGCGGCGAAAUUACACGUGCUGGCGUUGUGGGCGGGAUUUUGGAAACAGUUUUUCCGAGUUCAAAAUACACUUGGAGAAGGAGUUUGACGAGUGGAAGCGGCUGUAGUUUAGUAGUGGUAAGCAGCUCCUACAUGAGUGAGGAUUCUACUAAAGGCCGCCAGCUCAAGGACCUGGCGGAAUGCUUGCGCAGCGGAGGA